AUGACGUCCAUUCCAGCCAGACAGCCCCUUGCUGCCGUCAGCAAAAAUGUUGUAAUUACGCCUGCAGCAACUGCGGGCAAGAAUCCAGCCAACAAACGCAAAGCUUCCGAUGAGCCUCGAGAGGAGGUCGAUAUUGACGAUGACCGAUGCCAAGAGGUUGAUAUCAGCUGUGACCGUGUUCGUACCAAGAUCCGCGACUUUAUCGCCUCUGGAGAAAUGAAGGCCGGCGAAUUCCAGAAAGCAAUCGGCGCGAACAGUAAGUCAUACUACUCGUUCAUGAAUCAGAGUGGACCGUUCAAGGGCUCGGGCUCCUGCGUCUACACAAACGCAUUUGCGUUCUUCAAGCAGCGCGAGUUGAAUGGUAUCAAGGCACCGAAAAAGCCAAAGGUCGCGAAAGAGGUCGACGAGCUGCAACAUAACGUUUCGUUUAUCGAGCUGGAGGGCGAGGCGGAGGGAGAGGUUGAAGUCUACGACAGCUGCGAUGGAAUCAGGAAGAAAAUCAACCGCUACCUUGCAUCUACCUCGAUCACCAAGGCCGCAUUCGCGCGGGAGAUAUCCAAGACCUACGCUGGCAAGAAGCAGGUUUCAGCCGCGGUGCUGAGCAGCUUCCUAGCUAAGAACGGAGUCCUGACGGGCAACACAAGUGCUGCCUUUUACGCUUCAUAUGUGUUCUUCGAGAAGAUCCGUAUUAGAGACGGCAAACCAAAGAGCGAAUUCAGGCUGGAUAUGGAGGAUGAAUGGAUUGUUCCGGAACCGUAUAGCAGAUGGGACAAACCCGGAGUGGAUCUAAAAACCUUGUUCGACAAGGUGUCGUACAUUAUUCCUGUGGGACGUCCCGGGCCAUACAUGAACAAGUACGGCAAAGUGAGGAGUUCCGGUUGGUAG